AUGGCCUUCUUUGUGUUUUCCAUGAAUCACAAUGCAAACGUUUCUCUUGUCACCGCUUUGUUUAUACUCUUCCUCUCUACAUUCUCUCACUCAUACGACCUUCAAAUUCUUUUGAACUUUAAAUCUUCAAUUCAGACUUCUGAUUCAAAUGUUUUUGCUUCAUGGAACUCAUCUAACUCACCUUGCAAUUUCUAUGGAAUUCUUUGCAAUUCCAAACAUUCUGUUAAGCAAAUAAACCUUCCAAACAAAUAUCUCACCGGCAUUCUUCCUUUUGACAUCAUAUGUAGUCUUCCGUGUCUUGAGAAAAUUUCUCUGGAGUCCAACUUUUUGCAUGGAAAUAUCACCAAGGGUUUGAAAAAUUGUACAAACCUCAAGUACUUGGAUUUAAGUGAAAAUUCAUUCAAUGGUCCACUUCCCGAGUUUUCAUCUUUGAUUAAGUUAGAGUACUUGAAUCUAAAUUUAAGUGGAAUUUCAGGGAUAUUUCCAUGGAAAUCAUUGCAAAAUCUGACAACACUCAAUUUUUUAAGCCUUGGUGAUAAUCCAUUUGAAAAAGCCUCCUUUCCUUUGGAGAUUAUAAAGCUUGAAAAUUUGAAUUGGCUUUAUCUAUCCAAUAUCAGCAUUUUUGGAAAAAUCCCAUUUGGUAUUGGAAAUCUCACUCAGCUUCAGUAUCUUGAUCUUUCUUACAACAAUUUAUUUGGUGAGAUUCCACGUGAUAUUGGAAAGCUCAAGAAUCUAAGGCGACUUGAGAUAUACGAUAACAAUUUGAGCGGAAAAUUUCCAUUUGGAUUUGGCAAACUUACCAGUCUUGUUCGAUUUGUUGCUUCAACGAAUCAGCUAGAAGGUGAUCUUUCUGAGCUAAAGUCCUUGAAGAAUCUUCAAAUUCUAUAUCUUUUCCAAAACAAAUUCUCAGGAGAGAUUCCACAAGAACUUGGAGAUUUCAAGAGUCUAACCGACCUUUCGCUAUGUCAGAACAAACUCACUGGUUUUCUUCCACAGAAGCUUGAUUCUUGGGUUGGAAUAAAACGGAUAGAUGUUUCGGAUAAUUUGCUUUUCGGUCCUAUUCCACCCCACUUGUGCAACAAUAACCAGAUUACUUAUAUGUCAUUGUUGAAUAACAGCUUCACGGGAAGUAUACCAGAGAACUAUGCAAAUUGCACCGCUUUAGUACAUUUUAGAGUAUCAACGAAUUCACUUUCAGGUGUUGUUCCUUCAGGUAUAUGGGGCCUGCCAAAUAUGGAAGUGUUUGAUCUUGGAAGGAACCAAUUUGAAGGUUCAAUAUCUCCUGAUAUUGGUAAAGUGAAAUCUCUAUCGCAACUCUUUUUAUAUGAUAAUAAUUUCUCAGGUGUUCUUCCUGAUUCUAUCGGAAGCUGUGUUUCUCUUAGUGAAGUAAACCUUGCUGAAAAUUUCAUUUCUGGAAUAAUUCCAAAUAAUAUUGGUGCUUUACAUACACUUAAUUCGUUGAAUUUUUCCUCAAACAAGUUAUCUGGUGAGAUUCCAUGGAGUUUAUCAUCUCUUGAACUUAGCCAGCUUGAUUUAUCACACAACCAGUUUUUUGGUUCCAUACCAAACUCACUAGCUAUUCCAGCUUUCAAAGAUAGUUUCAUGGGAAAUCCUCGCUUAUGCAGCAACAUUUUGAAGAACUUUCGACCAUGUCCAUCUGGCAGCUCGAAGAGACUCCGAAACCUCCUGUUCUUUUCCAUUGCCAGCGUAAUCAUGGUUCUGGUUGUUUCGUUAGCAUAUUUUCUCUUCAGGAGACAUAAACAGAAGCAAGUAUUUAUGAAUAUUUCUUGGAAUUUCAAGCAAUACCAUAUAUCAAACAUUAACCAGAAUGAAAUUAUUGAUGGAAUCAAAGCUGAGAACAUAAUUGGAACAGGAUCAUCAGGGAAUGUUUACAAGGUUGAGCUACAAAGUGGUGAAGCUUUUGCAGUCAAACGCGUGACUUCAAAUUCACCUGAGUAUGAAGCUGAGGUGGCUACCUUGAGUUCUAUAAGGCAUAUGAAUGUGGUGAAGCUGUAUUGUAGUAUCACAAGUGAAGACAGUAGUUUGCUUGUGUAUCCGUUGUUACCAAAUGGGAGUUUGUGGGAAAGGUUGCGUGAGGAGGAGACUCGGAUGGGGUGGGAGGUUAGGUAUCAUAUUGCAUUAGGUGCAGCAAGAGGAUUGGCAUAUUUGCAUCAUGGUUGUGAUAAACCUAUUAUGCAUAGGGAUAUUAAAUCAAGUAACAUAUUGCUUGAUGAGGAAUGGAAGCCAAGAAUUGCUGAUUUUGGACUUGCUAAGAUUCUAGACGGAGAAGCUGGUAGUUCGUCUCAAGUCAUUACUGGAACCCAUGGCUACAUGGCUCCUGAGUAUGCCCACACUCUUAAUGUGACGGAGAAGAGUGAUGUUUAUAGUUUUGGCGUAGUACUCAUGGAGUUAGUGACCGGGAAGAAGCCUUUGGAGCCGGAGUUUGGAGAAAAUAGGGAUAUUGUAAGUUGGGUAUACGGUAACACUAUGAGCAAAGAAAGUGCACUCGAAUUGGUAGAUUCUACCAUUGCAGAGCCUUUAAGAGAAGAAGCCAUUAAGGUGUUGAGAAUUGCAAUAGAGUGCACGAAACACACUCCAUCUUUAAGACCGUCAAUGAGAGUGGUUGUUCAAACGUUAUUGUUACAGCAAAAUAAUUCUACCAACUAG